AUGGUUUUCGGCCAGAGGGGAGCACGCCCCUCCAGUGCAUCGCAUACUGCUGCUGCGUUCUACAUGCACCGUCGCUGCCGACAUCUCCCUACAUACGCGCAACCGCGGCUCGAAUCUGCUUUUGCGGGCUAUCCGACGACCGAGAGAGGCUACGGACGCUCUCAGCCCAGCACUUGCUUCGCCGCCCACGACGACGACGACUUGAUCCCCGAAGUGAUACAAUCCCCGGUCUUUAACGUGGAUCUCUCUCGCAUCCGCCUCAACGACGCCCUGAUAUUUCACGGGCUCGACUUUGUCUACGACAACUUCGCCUCUCGUAUCGACAAAAGGCAACAUAAGGACCAGCUAGGCACCGGACCAUCCUACGGAUUUCUGUUUUUAACUGCCUAUGAUCGUGCUUUGUUUAUAAAGAUUUUCAAUCGCUGGUCAAGGCUUCGCUACAAUAGCGGCCAACGAACCCUUGCUGAAGUCAUCUCAUCGCACCACAUAAUCUCCGCGUUGUCGAUGAUUACACUACCGCUGGAGGUUGAUGGCGCGCAUGCGGCUCAGGUCUGUAGACCGAUUGUCGCUAGGAGAAUUACAAUCUGCGUCUUCCGUGCUGAUGAUGAUGCCGCCAUCUCCUCCGGACUACUUCAAAAACCGUGCAAUAUCCCUGCUGGCUAG